AUUCCAUUCCAGCGAAGGAUCGAGGGAAAGUAUAUAACAACCAAGCACGCUCACCUCGACGAGUACUACUCCCUUCAGUCCCGUCUACUUCAUCCCAUUCAAUCCACCCCCAAACAACAUCCAGGCAACCAUGUCCAACAUCCCUUCCUCCGUCCCCAAACAGUACAGGCCCGGCUUCCAGCCCAAGAUGGUCGAGUCGAUGCAAGACGUCAAGCCCGGUAUCCAGGACGACAUGACCGGUGACGCCGAGCCCGUCCUCGACAUCCUCGCCGAUGGACGCAAGUACAAGGGUGUCGGCAAGCUCGAGGGCAAGAACGUCGUCAUCACCGGGGCCGAUAGCGGGAUCGGGGCUUCGUUUGCCGUCCUCGCCGCCUACGAAGGAGCCAACCUGCUGCUCCACCACCACGAAAAAGAAGUCAAGGACGUCGAAAACCUGACCAAGUACAUCAACGAGAACUCGCCCUCUACCAAGUUUGAAUUUAUCGCUGGCGACCUGAGCAAGCUCUCCGAGGUGGAAAAGCUCGCCGAAAAGGCCAAGUCGUAUUUCAACGGCCAGGUACACGUCUUGUUCAACAACCACGCUACGCAGCAGGAGGUGGAGAGCUUGACCGAUCUGGCGGAUGAGCAGUGGACGCAUGUGUUUGAUACCAACAUCCACGCAUUCUUCCGACUGACCAAGUUGCUCAUUCCCAUGAUGCCCUGGGGAAGUUCGAUCAUCAACAACGCCUCCAUCAACCCCUUCGUCGGUCACCCCAAGCUGGUCGAUUACACCUCGACCAAGGGAGCCAUCGUCGGAUUCACCAGGGCAUUGUCGAACCAGCUCGUCAAAGAAAAGGGUAUCCGAGUCAACUGUGUCUGCCCCGGACCCAUCUUGACCCCCUUGGUCGUCGCUACCAUGGGCGAAGAGUCGAUGAAGACGUUUGGCGUGACCACCUCGAUCGGAAGGGCCGGACAACCGGUCGAGAUCGCUACUUGCGUCGUCUUCCUGGCCAGCUCGGACUCGAGUUAUGUCACUGCGCAGAUGAUCCACUGCAACGGUGGUGCUCCUUACUAAAGCCUCCACUCGGAACGGAGCGUAUGGACAGACGAUGCCUCGCAAACUUGUUUCGAUAAGACGACUGUAUCAAGGAGCCAGCGAAUGCAAAAGAAACGGUAGAAAUUCGUGCGAUGAAUGCCUCAGUAAUAUGAAUAUCGUUUGUGAAGUCGA